AGCAGUGCAUUGUGGGAUUUCAAUAUGGAGCUCUUGUAGUUGUUACGGCGUCCUACGUAAUGUAGCUUUACAGUUAUUUUUUGGGAGGACAAGACACUUCAUUUUAUCUCACUAUUUACACAUAGGACCGUGAACAUUAUGGGGGUGUUGUGCUUAGUGAGAGGUGCGUUCACGUCCGUCGGCAAUCUCGGUUUUUACGCCAGAAAGUUCACCGGUCGACAUUUGUGCGUUACGUUUCACAACAGUGUUCGUGUCAGGAGGUACAGCGAGGACACGGCGAAGGGUGGAAGUAACCGGGGACAGUAUGUGUGUUACCACCUUCCCCACAGAACACUGGUAAAAAUCCACGGACAGGACACCGGCGCAUUUCUUCAGGGAAUCAUUACCAACGACAUGAGGCUGUUGGAGGAGAAUGAAAACACAGUCAUUUAUUCACACAUGCUCAAUGUCCAAGGCAGGACUCUGUAUGAUAUUAUGUUGUACAGCAUGAUGGAAGCUGAUGCAUUUCGUGGGGUUCUCCUGGAGUGUGACAGCACAGUUAAGGACUCACUCUUGAAACACUUGAAGGUGUUUAAAAUACGCCGUAAGGUCAACAUAAACCCAUGUCCAGAGCUCUCUGUAUGGGCAGUGUUACCCCAACAAAAAACAGGUCAAGAAGACAUAAAGCCUGAGCUCUCUGCCCCAGAAAAGGCUGUGGUAUGGGAGGCUGACCCUAGAACUCAGGGAAUGGGCUGGAGAUUGGUGACGAACUCUCAGGUCGACCCCUUAGAUAUCAUCACGUCAUGUCAGAAAGGAAACACAGAGGAGUAUCACAGACAUCGAUAUGCAAUAGGGCUGCCUGAGGGAGUGAAGGACCUUCCUCCUGGAGUGGCACUACCACUGGAGUCAAAUAUCGUCUACAUGCAGGGCAUCAGUUUUAGCAAGGGCUGUUACAUCGGCCAAGAGCUCACAGCCAGGACUCAUCACACUGGAGUGAUUCGGAAACGCCUGAUGCCAGUUCGCUUGUCAGCUCCAGUUGAAGACCUUGAGGAAGGAACUGCCCUGCACACAGAGUCAGGGAAGCCAGCUGGGAAGCACCGCGCCGGGGUUGGAGAGCUGGGACUGAGUCUAAUCCGCACAGCUCAUGCCAAAGAAGUAUUGACGGUCAAAUCCUCUGAUGACACAACAGUAACACUUGAGGCCUCUGUGCCAGACUGGUGGCCUAAAGAUGAGAAAACCAACUGAAGGAGAGCAUGUUUUAUAGUUCCCUAAAUGUGACAUCCAUCACAACUGACACUUUUUGUCAAGAACCCUGAAGUACAGUAUGUUACACUGUCAUUGCUUAUGUGAUGCGGAUUCAUUGGAGUAUUUCCGUUGUUUGGAAUAAUAUCUACACUGAGAAUUAUUUUGUCUAAAGUUAAGUCUAAGUUAAUUAUUAUUAAUAACAGAAUUCUAUUAUGUUACUUACUGCAGCACUAUGUAACAAAAUGGACAUAUUUUCCCAUCAGUGGUUGUUUAAUAAAUUUCCCGGUUGACAUCAAGU